AUGGAUCGUUCUAGCUUACUCGAGACUGAAAUCAAGCUGCGGGAGUUUAACCAGUCCGAAAUUGCCACACAACUACAACCGGAAACAGCCCAAGAUAGUCCCCAACCAUUCUACUUCCAUAAGGGCAAACAAAGAGACAUUCUGGCAUCUGAAAUAAAAACUCUUAGACAAGAGAUCGAGAAGCUUAGACAGGAUUAUUGGUUUCUAGAACGAUCGUGGUGGUCCCAACGGGUUGGAAUCCCAGAAGGAGGAAGCUUGAGUCGUCCGAUGAAAUUAUGGCGCUCUAAUCCUAGCUGGUAUAGGCAUCGCACACUUGUCCAGGACUGUACUGAGAGAGGGGGCUGCUGUGGAAGGGACUGCAAUUGCUGUUCCGCUCGUCAACACACAUUGGGCCGAAGACUUGCGGCACGUCAUUGCACCACACGGUGUCAUUGCUGUGAGAAAGCUCGUGGUCUCAAGCUCAACCCGAAACAAAUCAAGGAUCUCGACAAACAAUUCCGUUUCUCUAGCUCAGAGUAUUGUCGUCGAAUUCGGAGUGCUUCUCUGUUUGGAAUUAUUCAAGGGAACUUCAAGGACAGCCCAUUUGACCUGAUUGUUGAUAAGCGACGAUGUUUCAGGCCCCAACAUGCUAUCUUUGCCCGGGACAAAACACCAGAAGAGGCACGAUUAGAGCGAGAAGGCUGUUUCAGGUCUCUUCAAGUGUUCCGGUACAAUCUUUACCAAAAAGAGAUCAACUCAAAGUCCGAUUAUGCCCUUUUUGACCUUCUAUACUACGAAGACGAGCUACGGAAGAAUUGUCAAACGGAGAUUGUUUUACGCCAAAAGGAAAAGGGAGAUAUCAAUUCAAAUACACACAGUCCUUCUUUUGAAGAUGAAAUGAGCAGACUCUGCCAAGAUAAUUGGUUGCAGACACGAGACUGGUGGUGGACCCGUGGUUGGAUGAUGGGUACUUCCGGGCCAUUAGGACGGGCCUUUGAGUUAUGGAGAUCUAAUCAUUCUUGGUAUAUGCACCCAGUUCUUGUUGAAGACUGCAAGGCUAGGGGAGGAUGCUGUGGUCGUGAUUGUGGAUGUUGUCUUGAUUAUCAACGUGCGAAUAGUUCAGCGGGGGUGCUAGGCGCUGGACAUUGCACCGUGAAAUGUGGAUGCUGUUUGGAAUCUCGUGGUUCUGAAACGAAUAGUGUAGGCAAAAGGUAUUAUGCGGCUCGAUUCACAUUUGAUAAUAAGUUUGGUAUUAUCAACUUUCAGGAGGAUCCAUAUCGACGCCGAGUUUGUCUUGCUGCUAUCUGGGGGUUGAGCCUGAACGAUAUCUAG